AUGAGUGGCAUGGAGAGCCGUUUGGUGCAGAAGUUUGGCUGGAUCCCCGACAUGCCAGACCACCGCGACAAGCACUUGACCUUCUCCUCGGUUGAGGCACCGAGCUCGAUCAAGAAGAAGUCUGAUGGAGCGAAGGAGAUUGUGGACCUGCGCCCCGAAAACGGUGGCUUCCCGAUCUUCGACCAGGGGCAUCUUGGAAGCUGUACUGCAAACGCCCUGGCGGCCGCCUUUCACUUCACCCUCCACAAGAUGGAGGUGGAGAACGACAAGGACUUCGCCGACUUCACCCCAAGCCGCCUGUUCAUCUACUACAACGAGCGUCUCGUUGAGGGCAGCGUGAACCAGGAUGCCGGAGCGAUGAUCCGCGAUGGCAUCAAGACGAUGUCCAAGGUCGGCGUGUGCCCUGAGAGCGUCUGGAAGUACGACGACGGCCCCGACUUCUUCAAGCAGCAGCCGGAUUCCAGGUCCUACGAGAUCGCACAGAAGUGCAAGGUCAUCGGUUACGCCCGCGUCGCGCAGGACCUGAGCCAGAUGAAGAUGUGCAUCAAGAGCGGCUACCCCUUCGUCUUCGGCUUUGCCGUCCUGUCAAGCUUCCAGACAGCCGAGGUUGCUAGCACCGGCAGGAUGGUGAUGCCUCAGCCAACCGACCAGCAGCUUGGCGGCCACGCCGUGUGCGCCGUCGGCUACGAUGACUUCCAGCAGUGCUUCAUCGUCCGCAACUCCUGGGGAGAAGGGUGGGGUGACAAGGGAUACUUCUACAUGCCCUACGAGUACAUCUGCAACCCAGCUCUUGCCAUGGAUCUCUGGGCCAUCAACUGGGUCGAGGGCUUCAAGAAC